UGUCUGAUAACACAAAUAAAUAUGAUUGCACCUCGAACUCGAUUAAUUAAAAAUCUUUUUUUUAAGCAAAAUGUGACACCAUGUUCGCAAUUUACUGUAUUUAUAAAUUCAUUUUGUUCAAAAAAUAAUCAAACUAUUCAAACUUAUGAUAAUAAUAACAGAAAAAAAUAUGAGUCGAUUAAAAAUAAUUUUUUAACCUAUACAAUCACAAUAACAAGUGCUCUGAGUAUUGGAUAUAUUUUAUAUAAAUGGAAAAAUAAAACUCUUCAUGACUUUUAUUCUAAUUUAACACUCCAAUGUCCGCCAAUUUAUGCUUCAAGUUUAUUCACCACUGAUAUUAGCCAGAACAGGAAUAAAUUUAAUUUCAUAGCUGAUGUUGUGGAAGUAUCAGCACCUGCUGUUGUGUAUAUAGAAAUUAAGGAUAAUAAUAGGAUUGACUUUUUUACAGGUAAACCAUCAACAACUAGUAAUGGAUCUGGAUUUAUUGUUAGUGAAGAUGGUCUGAUUCUUACAAAUGCUCAUGUUGUGAUUAAUAAACCAAGGACUUCAGUUAAGGUCAAAUUACAUGAUGGUUCCACUUACACAGGACAAGUUGAAGAUGUUGAUUUACAUAGUGAUUUAGCUACUGUCCGAAUUAAUCGGACAAAUUUGCCGGUCAUGAAACUUGGAAGUUCAGCUGAUAUUCGACCGGGUGAAUUUGUUGUGGCAAUAGGGUCUCCUCUUGCACUGAGCAAUACCAUUACGAGUGGAGUUGUGAGCAGUGCAAAUAGACAAAGCGAGGAAUUAGGUUUGCAUCAUAAGCAUAUGGGUUACAUCCAAACAGAUGCUGCUAUUACAUUUGGAAACUCUGGUGGACCCUUAGUGAAUUUAAACGGUGAAGCAAUAGGUAUAAAUUCAAUGAAAGUCACCGCUGGAAUAUCAUUCGCCAUACCUAUUGAUUAUGCUAAAGAAUUCUUAAAGAAAACUAAAGCUCGUCGGAGUGGCAAAGGUCUUACUGAUCACAAAAAUCUUCAUGAUCACGUCAAACGUCGAUACUUAGGAAUAACAAUGUUAACUCUAACUCCUAGCAUUCUUUACGAAUUACAACAGAGACAUAAUAAUUUUCCUUCUAACAUCAGGCACGGAGUUUUAAUUUGGAAAGUAAUGGUCGGAUCACCUGCAUUCAAUGGAGGUUUAAAAGCUGGUGAUAUAAUAACGCAUGUGAAUGAUGAACCUGUUAUUGAAGUUUCAAAUAUCUACAGUGUCCUAGAGAAGUCAUCAUCCUUGAUCAUGACAGUUGUAAGAAAUGGUGAGAUACUCAAGUUGAGAGUGGAGCCGGAAGAUAUUUGAACUAUUUCUCUAGCGUAUCAACAAAAAAAGAUAUUAGUAAUGAAAUAAAAUGGAUUAUUUUGAUGCUGAUAAUAAAAAAAUAUUAGCUUGCUCAUUGUAAAAAAAGUAAAGUAUAAUUUGACAUCUUUAUAUAGUCAAUACUGAUAAAAUAAUUAACAUAUACCUGUAGGCGUGGUCUUCAUGAUAGCUUAAUAUAUGUACUCAACAUAAACACACCUCCACUAAA